AUGCGACUGUUUCUAUUUCUAGCAGUCGCAGUUCAGGGCUACAGGGAGUCAAAAAGAACAUACACUCCUUAUGGUCAUCACGUGGCUACUUCAGGAGAGUUCCAGAACUACCAAGUUUCUGCAGGUCGAAGUAUUCAUCGUUCAAACACACAGAGACAGUACCGUUUCGCUCCAACAGAACCAUCAACGCGACAAAGAGGAUCCAGUAAUGGACGAUGCAAAAGAGGUCCUCGCGGAUUAAUGGGCAAAACAGGACCUCUUGGGCCAAAAGGAGAUCCUGGCGUCUGCAGCCCUGCUUCUUGCUCAAACAGUAACUCUGUCAGCUACAGUAAUCAACAGUCACCUGAAGAUGCUGGUCUAAAAGCUGCUUUUUCUGUCACGCUGUCCGGUGCUGCUUUUGAUGACAUCGGAGAAACAGUUUUAUUCGACACAAUAGUCAGUGACGCGACGAAUAAUUAUAAUUCUCAAGAAGGCACUUUCACUGCAGCGUCAUCAGGGUUCUAUCAUUUCGCCGCGUAUGGAACUCAAGAUGACAAAAAUAAACCCCUUCACUUCUCAAUCAAAAGAGGAUAUCUCAAUCGCCAGUUUGAUGAUGUCCUCUGCUCUGCUCAAUCCAAUGGAUCGUACCAAACAAGCUCAUGCUCAACCACCGUCCAGCUCGAAAAGGGCCAGAAAGUCUACGUACAACUAGUCAAAGGAGACCUCUUUGCCAACCGAUUUCACUACACUUCGUUCAACGGAUUCCAACUUUAA